GUAGAAUUUUCCUGCGAUAACUCUGCACGUGUUAUCUCCUUUUCGCUCACAUUUGUUUUGUAUUAGUGUUUGUGGUUCCGGGUGAGCGCUUGUUGAACGUGUAUUGUAUAGAAGAGUGAAGUGAAAUAACGCAAUUUGAACAAGUAGGCCUACAUUUGUGUUUUUGGGGUUGAACUUCUCCCUCGGUCGGAGUUCCAGGAUGGCGGCUGGAGGCAGCACCAACGUCGGGCAAGUCGGCGAUGUGGAGGAAGACGCAUCCCAGCUUCUCUUUCCAAAAGAGUUUGAGAACGCAGAGACGCUGCUGAACUCGGAGGUGCACAUGCUACUGGAGCAUCGCAAGCAGCAGAACGAGAGCGCAGAGGAUGAGCAGGAGCUGUCUGAGGUCUUUAUGAAGACCCUCAACUACACGGCUCGCUUCAGCCGCUUCAAGAACAGGGAGACCAUCGCCAGCGUCCGGAGUCUCCUGCUCCAGAAGAAGCUUCACAAGUUUGAGUUGGCCAGUUUGGCUAAUCUGUGCCCAGAGGCAGCUGAGGAGGCCAAGGCUCUCGUUCCCAGUCUGGAAGGCCGCUUUGAAGACGAGGAGCUCCAGCAAAUCCUGGAUGACAUUCAGACCAAGAGGAGCUUCCAGUAUUAGAGCUGCUUCUGUUGAAGAUAGGCAGGAUAACGCGGUUUCUGAGUUCUGAACAUCAACCAAGCAUCUCGGCUUGCUCAGUGGAAACUUGUGCCUGUAGUAGGGCCUGGUCAAUACGAACUCUGUUGAGAGAAGCAGUCUGUUUUUAUAUAAAAGUUUAUAAGGAUGGACCGGUCCCGUGAAGAACCUCUGCAGUUUCAGCUGAAACCCCAGUGAGGGGAGGAAACACAAAAGGAGUCUGUGGACAACAUUCCAUUGACUGGAUUUGCAGGUCAAAGAAAUAGUGUUUCGUUCAGCUGCUGAUGUGCUUUUGAUUUCUUCAAAAUUCUUAGAUUUAGGAGGUGAGGGGCAGUUGAAAACCUUAUAAAAUGUUUAAUACAAUUUAAAAAAUCAAAUAUAGAUACUAGUCUUAGGGGUUAGUUUGAUCAACCUAUAACCUGAUAAGCCACAGACAGAUUUUAAUAGAGCAUUUUACAGCACCCUGGAUUGCUUCAAUCACCUACCUUGGUUAUCUCAGGGAAUUACCCCUAAAAUACUGUAAGUGGUUGAGGCCAUCAAGGGGGAUUCUUAAUAAUCCAACAGUAUCAGGGUACAGGUUUUUUUCCAAUAUACACCUAAAUUUAAAAUUCUCAUAAUUAAGAAAACCUCGCACUGUGGUUUCUGAAUGGUUACAAACAUUCCAAAUCAUGUUAAGCCCUUGUUACACGAGUCAAUUUACUAGCAACUUUUAUCGCCUGCGACCAAAUCCUGUGAGGAUUGCCCUGUGUAACAGCCCUGACAACGUAUUGUCAACGUUCUGGCAACUGCGUGGCAACGCGAUUGCUUAAGUGGACAGCAAUCCUACUCCAAGCAACAGGUUCCAGGCAAUAUCCAGUCAGAGCACUGGUGUGUGUCACGUGAUUCUGUCUGCUACAGUGAAAACAACAGUUGAAAUGGAAAUGAAAGUCGCAAUUACCUGGACUCAGGAGAAAGACAUACUUCUCCUGGAGUUUUAUGAAGAGCACAAAUUCCUCUGGGAUCCGAGGGAUGAACAAUAUUUUAGAAGAGAAAAACGAGAGGCAAAACUCUCUGAAGUCAGUGUGAUUCUAGGCGUUAAUGGCACGGAAACAGCAUAUAACAGUAGGUAUUUUACAGCAUUUAAAGAAAUUAAGAAUUAUCGUUCAUUUUUAUCUACGUGUAGUACUGUAUGUUAAAUUGAGUUUUACAUAUUUGGCUUAUUUGCUUUUGUUCUGUAAACAUUACUCCUUUAUUAUUAGAAUUAUUAGUUGUUCAAUUAUUUAAAGAUGACAGUAAUACUAAAUAGUUGUACUGAUGCUUGGUAUUUGUAAGUAUAUGACCUGAAAACCAGAACCACGUGACGUAGUUCUUAAAUAUGAUUGGAUAUUGCUUGGAUUAAAGGCAAUUUGUAUCGAAUGCGAGUUAACUGUUAGUUAUAUCGUGUAACAGGUCAAAUCCCGCGCGGUGACGUCACAGGCAACACGUUGCUACAAUUUAUGUUGCCAGCGCAUUGACUCGUGUAACAAGAGCCUUACAGCUUCAACACUGAAACAUGUUUAUUUUUAAAGUUAUUUCAUGUGAUACAUAACGUUACAAGAAAAUGAUUUAUAAAUAGAAUAAAACAGUAUCUUAGUUUUAUUUUUGGUCUACAAUAUAUAGUGGAAUCACAUUAUGGUAACCAUACUUGCAUUACUGCUAACUCGGUAGGUUCCUGGUUCAGUUGUGUGUGGAGUUUAAACACUGUUUAUCUACAACACAUUGACUGCAAGGUACUGUACAAGUUAACCCUAGUGUCUACAGCUCCUGUCACCAGAAUCUCAAAAACAUAUUCUCGAUAUUGCACCCAGUCUCAACUUUCUGCCCAUAUUCAUAUUAGCGCACAGUUUUACUGGCCAAAGGUUAAUAAGCGGCCAUGCUCUCCAGACCCCCCAUUCAUUGUUUCUACAUUUUAAAAUAUUAUGUUACAAGUCAAAAACUAUUUGUUUUUCUUAUACACAAUGAAACAAAUGUAGUAUUAUGGACAUAUAUUUUGUUUAGUUUAUUUGUAAUAAAAUUUUUGUCAAAAGUA